AUGGCAUCCACAACAGUAGCAGAGGACACCGAGCUCAGCAAGCAAUAUGACACGCCGCUCGGUCUCGCCCACGACACCAUGCAGGCCCUCAAGGACAGGAUCAAGACCCACUACGAUCUUGCCAGCGAAUAUUAUCUCUCCCUGUGGGGGACGCAUAUCCACCAUGGCUACUGGCCUACUCCCGAGUCCAAGGCCAACGAGACCAAGGAGCAGGCCCAGGUCAAUCUGAUCCACCUCCUUCUGAACACUUCGCAGAUCGCCGAGGGCGCCAAGGUCCUCGAUGUGGGAUGUGGCAUCGGCGGUACAUCAAGGUACCUGGCCUCGGUAUUAGGCUGUACGGUGACAGGCAUCACCAUAUCCACCAAGCAGGUCGAGAUGGCCACCCGUCUCACCAAGAGCGAAGCUGCCAAAGACGACAAGAGCCUGACCGACCAGGGACCCGAUGCCGAUGGCUUUCUCCACAUCGGCAAAGGCAAGGUCAAGUUCCUCGAGCUGGACGCCGAGAAAAUGGGGGAUGUCUUCGCUUCCCAGUCCGAGUCCUUUGAUGCAGUCUGGAUCUGCGAGGCACUGAGCCACUUCCCCAACAAGUCUCUAUUCUUCCAGAACGCCCACAAAGUCCUCAAGGUUGGGGGUAGGCUCGCGCUAGCUGAUUGGUUCAGGGCAGAGGGGCUGGAUGAGAAGCAGUUCGUGGACGACAUCAAGCCUAUCGAAGAUGGCAUGCUUCUACCGCCGCUCUGCACCGAAGUCGACUACGUCAGCUUAGCCAAGGGAGCUGGCCUUAGUGUGCUGGGAGGACCAAAGGACAUAUCUGUUGAUGUAAAGGCGACAUGGGACAUCUCGUGGUCGCUGGUGCAGAAUCCAUCCCUCUGGGCCUUUGCUUUCAGUCAAGGUCGAGAUGGCGUCGCUUUCUUGCAGGCCUUCCGGGCCAUGAGAAGAGGUUACGCCAAUGGCAGCUUUCGAUACGCCGUCAUGGUCUUCCAGAAGUGA